CUGGAGACGCAUCGGGACGCCGAGUCAAAAAAGAUAGAACAGACACCCCACACGCGCGCACAAACCCACGACGGUGGCAGCCGAGCCGUUUGCCAUGGAGGAUACGGUGAAAAGCACUCUUUAAAAUGUGAGGUUUAAAGAGGCGUGCUGUAGAAACGCGCGAGAUCGGCUAUCCCCCCCUCAUCGUCCACGGGUGAUCUCGACCCGGGUGCUCUGUCCCCUCGCUGUGACACUCGCACCAGGGGAAAAAUGAAGAAGUUUAAUAUCCGCAAGGUGCUGGACGGCUUGACGGCCGCAUCGUCCCCCUCUUCAUCCUCGCAGCCCGGCGGGGCCAAGGAGAAUGAGCUCUUCCCGGAGACUCUCCAGUCGGAACACUUCCAGCUCUGCAAGACUGUGCGACAUGGCUUCCCCUAUCAGCCCUCCUCUAUGGCAUUCGACCCCGUCCAGAAAAUCCUCGCCAUUGGGACUCAGAGCGGAGCUUUACGAUUAUUUGGCCAACCCGGUGUGGAGUGCUACUGUCAGCACGAGAGUGGAGCGGCCGUCAUCCAGCUACAGUUUCUCAUAAACGAGGGGGCACUGGUUAGUGCUUUGGCUGAUGACAGUGUUCACCUAUGGAAUUUACGACAGAAGAGACCAGCUGUGCUGCACUCACUCAAGUUCAACAAGGAGAGGAUAACGUUCUGUCAUCUGCCCUUCCAAAGCAAAUGGUUGUACAUCGGCUCGGAACGAGGAAACAUCCACAUUGUGAAUGUGGAAUCGUUUACCCUCUCAGGAUAUACCAUCAUGUGGAACAAAGCCAUUGAACUGUCCUCCAAGGCUCACCCUGGCCCAGUCGUUCACAUUAGUGACAAUCCUAUGGAUGAGGGCAAGCUCAUAAUAGGAUUUGAGUCUGGGAUCGUAGUGCUGUGGGAUUUGAAAUCAAAGAGAGCUGACUACCGGUACACUUACGAUGAGGCGAUCCAUUCUGUGGCCUGGCAUCAUGAGGGGAAGCAGUUUAUUUGUAGUCACUCAGACGGCACACUGACAGUUUGGAAUAUAAAGUCCCCAGCCAAGCCUGCACAGACAAUCACACCACACGGAAAACAGCCUAAAGAUGGAAAAAAGCCAGAGCCUUGCAAACCCAUUCUUAAAGUAGAAUACAAGACCACAAGAACAGGGGAUCCGUUUAUGAUCUUCUCCGGUGGUUUGUCGUAUGACACCGUUGGUCGACGGCCAUGUUUGACAGUAAUGCAUGGGAAGAGCACAGCAGUAUUGGAGAUGGACUAUCCCAUUGUAGACUUCCUCACUCUGUGUGAAACGCCAUAUUCUAAUGAUUUUCAGGAACCGUACGCUGUAGUGGUCCUUCUCGAAAAGGAUUUAGUUGUUAUCGACCUUGCACAAAAUGGUUACCCUAUCUUUGAAAAUCCAUAUCCCAUGACGAUUCAUGAGUCUCCCGUGACGUGUUGUGAAUAUUUAGCCGAUUGUCCUGUGGACCUUAUACCUGCACUUUACUCUGUGGGGUCUCGCCAGAAACGACAGGGCUACAGCAAAAAGGAAUGGCCUAUCAGUGGUGGAAACUGGGGCCUGGGCACACAAAGCUACCCUGAAAUAAUAAUAACUGGGCAUGCAGAUGGUUCAGUGAAGUUCUGGGAUGCUUCAGCAAUAAUGCUCCAGGUACUGUACAAGCUGAAGACAGCAAAGGUGUUUGAGAAGGCGCGAUGUAAGGAGGAGAAACCCAGCACAGAGAUUGUGGACGAGGACCCUUUUGCCAUUCAACUGAUGUCUUGGUGUCCUGAGAGCCGUAUGCUGUGCGUAGCUGGCGUCUCUGCCCACAUCAUCAUCUAUAGGUUCAGCAAACAGGAAAUCACGACAGAAGUGGUGCAGUUACUAGAGGUCAGGUUACAGUACGAGUUGAAUGAAUUGGAAUCCCCAGAAGGAGGUGGAGAUCCGACAACAGCUCCUCCCACUCCAAUCACCUCCCCCAGUCCACAAACCACCAUCCCUCAGACACACCCCUCCACUAGCAGCAACUCGUCAGAUGGGAUGAGAGACAACGUACCCUGUCUAAAGGUGCGCAGCAGUCCUCUGAAGCAGUCUCCUGGUUAUCAGGUGGAGCUGGUGGUACAGCUGGUGUGGGUCAGUGGAGAGCCUCCCCAGCAGAUCAGCAGCCUGGCCAUUAACUCCUGCUAUGGCUUGGUGGUGUUUGGCAAUAGUAACGGUCUAGCAGUUGUGGAUUACUUACAGAAGACUGUUCUGUUGAAUCUGGGAACUGUGGAAUUGUAUGGCUCAAAUGACCCUUACCAGAGACAACCGCGAUCUCCCCGCAAGAACCGACAACCUUCUGGAGGGCUGUGUGACAUUAAUGAGGGCUCAGCCACCUCAGAGGACCACUGCAAAUCACCCACCUCAGUCUUGAUGUCAAACCAUCAGCACUUCUACAAUGGAGGAGGGAGAGGAGCAAAGAUGUCAAGGAAAUUAAGCUUGCCUACUGAGCUAAAGCCAGACUUGGUCCUACUCUCUGUAUGUGCCCCGCGGGCUGCCGGACCCCUAGACAACAGGGACAACUCCUUCAGUCGCUCCCGGAGCUCCAGCGUUGCCAGUAUUGACAAGGAAUCACGAGAGGCCAUAACAUCUUUCUAUUUCUGUGAGACUUACACUCGCAAAGCAGAUGGUGGCCUUACACCUUGUUUAUGGGUUGGCACCUCCUUGGGCACAGUGCUGGCCAUCUCCCUCAACAUGCCCUCUGCUGGAGAACAGAGACUUCUGCAGCCAGUAAUUGUCUCCCCUUGUGGCACUCUUAUCAGGUUGAAGGGCAGCAUCCUACGGAUGGCCUUUCUAGAUUCUACAGGGUCUCUUCUCCCUCCUGCUUAUGAGCCAUGGUAUGAACCCAAUGCCCCAACCAAUGGAGAGGAGCGGGACAAGGUCCGUAAGAGACGGCCAGUGUCUGUCUCCCCAUCCACCUCCCAGGAACUGAAUGAAAACCAGUAUGCCGUGUUGUGCUCUGAGAAACAGGCCAAAGUGAUAAUCCUGCCCUCUCAGACCUGUGUAUUCAAACACAACAUCACCGAAGCAUCUUUUGUGCUGCGGGCAGACGUGGUGCAGAUAAACGCUGGCAUUUGUGUGGCCUGCUUCUGUGCCAAUGGACACAUUAUGACACUCAGUCUGCCAGGGUUGAGACCAUUGCUGGAUGUAAAUUACCUACCCCUGACAGAUAUGCGAAUAGCGAGAACGUUUGGCUUCACCAACCUCGGCCAGGCCAUGUACCUGACCUCCCCUACUGAGAUUCAGAGGAUCACCUAUAGCCAGGAGGUUUGCGAGAACCUACAGGAGAUGCUUGGCGAGCUGUUUACUCCACUGGAGACGCCAGAAGCUCCUAACAAGGGAUUCUUUAAGGGCCUUUUCGGAGGAGGAGCACAGUCUCUAGACAGAGAAGAGCUCUUUGGGGAGACAGGAGCCGGAAAAGCACCACGCAGUCUCGCUCAGCACAUUCCAGGUCCUGGGGGGAUAGAAGGCAUGAAGGGGGCAGCAUCAGGCAUUGUGGGUGAUCUAGCUCGAGCUCGAAUAGCAUUGGAUGAGAGAGGACAAAAACUGAGUGAGGUGGAAGAGCGGACAGCAGCCAUGUUGGCCAGUGCAGACACAUUCUCAAAACAUGCUCAUGAGAUGAUGCUAAAGUGUAAGGAUAAGAAAUGGUACCAGUUCUGAUCUUCGGAAAACACCAGAGCCCAAAGGGACUCAGGAGUUGUCCUACACAGCCUUGUUCAUCUCUAUUCCUUCUCCCACUCGCUCUCAUUAUCUCUCUUCUGCUGGACCAGUGGGAUCCCUCGCUCUUUCCUAGCACAAUAUUAAAUACAGUCUCCUUUCAGAACUGAGGCACAGACUGAGAGAGGCCCAAAUUUGAGGAAUACCAUUCCAUGACGAUGUCCAUUCUUCAGUUUUUGUUUGUUUGUUUAAUAUUGCUAAUCCUCUACAAUGGUGGCAGGGCUAUGCAGGCCCUGAAUUUCCAAUUCUUCUCUCAGUCUUUGAAGUGUUUUUGUGCUGUUGUUUUUUUUUGCAGUCAUGUUCUGCCUCCCACACUGGAGAGCAGUAAGUAGUCAAAAAAAGACAGACUCAAUGAAAAAAAAAAAAAAAAAUACAAUAAACAAACAACAAACACCAUGAAAAAUCGCAAAAUAUAAAAAAGUGGAAAAAAUUAUAUAUAUACACAUACACAUACAGAAUUCUAAAUAAAUCCUCAUUAAAGUCUGUAUAAAUGCCAUAUUUGCUACUGACUGUCAAAAGUAAAACUUAAAUAUGGAGGACACUGGGUGAAGCAUGGGAAGAGCUCCAUUCACAGGAAAUGAUGUCAUGACAUGGAGGCAAACCUUUCAGAAAAAGAGAGAACAUCUAUCCUCUUCUAAAAUGUACUCAAUAUGUGUAUGUAAAUUGACCUUUUUCCAAAUUAGUCUCUUUUUUUUUUUUUAAAUAGACAUAACCUGUACAAUCAAUUGUAAAUGUCCAAAUAUAAAAUGCUUUUUGGGUGAUAUUUUUAAGUAAUUAUUGUGAAUAUCACUACAAUAAUGCUUUACAUUAAAGUACCAUCUAAAGAGGGUUUAUAAGUAGUUGUCAGAUGAUCAAUGAGAUAGAAAUGGAGCAUCUACUUGGAAAACGAAUGAAUAAAUGAAUUAACUAUUUAUAAAUCAAUCAUGAGUGAUUUGCCGAUGGUAUUUUCAUGUGAUACAUUAUACAGAUGCUUCAAUUUGUAAACUUUCUAUGAAAAUUGGAACAGAAAUAUCUGGUCUGGACAGAGAUGUGGAAGAAAGUAGGCAAAUAUAUGGUUGAAAUCUAAAAGUUAUCCAUCAAUCAUUGGGUAGACAGCUAUGUAGACCUCAAUAGCUAGAACAUUUGUUGCUCCCUUAAGACUGAAAAUUAAGUUGCAGGCUCUUCAGUGUUGGCUAUGGGAUUUGAUUUUGUUAAUUAGACAAGAUUUCGCCUCCCUGUAUACUGCAUAGAUUAAACAGCUUUAACAGAGAAAAUGUAGUUUAACAUGUAGAGACUGUACUAUUGUUAAUAUUUUGGUUGGGUCAUUUAAUGGUCCAUUUCUUUUGUUCAGUAAAAAAGCACUUACUGUUUGGAAAUGGCUCUCACAAAUCAGGAACAAUUGGACCACCUCUUAAGACCUAAUCUUCAGUGACUUGAGACUUGAUUAUAAGUGUGAAAUAGGGCAUAAAGUUUCUUUUUUUUUUUUUUUUUUUUGCACUUGGGAUCAUUAUUCAUUGUCGUUUUGAAUGUUAGGAUAAUAUCAGCUAACAAUUUCGUCUAACGAUACUGGUUUCACACUAGUGCUUUAGGGGUAAUGCAAAUUUUGAGUUUGGCUAUAAGUCUCCAUUGCCAUAGAUUGACAUGUAUAGAUUCAAAUAGCUUACUUCAAGACAUUAUUAUCACACGGUCUACAUCCAUGAAAGCACCUUUGUUCACCUAUGGUGAGUGCUAGCUGUUCCAUUUCUCCAUUGAAACCACAUUUUAGUGCCAUUAUAUUUAUUUGUACAAUCUUAUGUGUGGUUUGCAAGAAAUGCUGCUAUAUAUGUUGCAUUGACUCAUAUGACCCAUUGUCAUUCAAGAUGCUUAUAUCGAUGUAUUCUCUCUUGACUCUCUGCCUAAAAUUUUUGCCAUUCUGUGAAUGAAAUAGUUUGACAAUCUGGGACUAUAAAUUGAGAGUGGGAGUGGCCAUACUGACCCUAAGACAGUUGCCAUAUCUUUUCAAACGCCAAAGAUUUUCUUUCAUUGAGUUAUGUAUUUCACUGACUGUGACAGCUAUUUGUGUCUAAAGUACCACUGCAUAUUCCACCAGUAACUGUGUUGAGGUCUUUCCUGAUGUUUUUGGCUGUGUGCUACCAUUGCAAGUGAAGUCAGCCUUUUGUGUGUUUUGUACUUCAACAAAGAAAAAUUACAAAACAAAUUAAGCCAAUCUCUUUCAGACUAUAUAUGUUUCUCUGUGUUAGACUCUAUAUUCUCUGUAGAUGUGUUUUCAUGCCAUGGUGUUAUAGUGUUUCUGAAUACCAGGUUUGUUUUUGAAUAUUUUGCUCAAAUCUCAUCUCUCCUAAUUAACUAAUUAAAUUAUAUUUGUAAAAUGUGUAUUUUUCUCUGCAGUACUGUAUUUCCAUGAAUAGAUAUCCUUGUCAUAUUUUGAAUCAUCAUCAGUUAUUGAAAAAUUAUUUUUAUAUAUGCUUUGAGGAGGAAGUAUUUUGAGGACAUAAGAAAUUAUUAUAUAUUGCGCUCUCUUAUUUGUUUUCAUAUCUUUGUUUUCGGUCGUGUGGUCUGUUUGUUCCCGCCAUCAUUGACACAACAGGGUGAUUUUUAAAUGUGAGUGAGCAGACCAGUGAGUUUCACUGAAAAUGCAUCAAAGGUUUUAACAUCAACAAAGUGAUAGUCGUCAAAAGACCAGUGCAGUUAAUUUUGAGAGAAUAUUUGCCAUACAUUUUUAUGUGCAUUCAAUUUACCAGUUUAAAAAUACAUGUUAAGCCCCAAGAUGGUUGAUAUUUACACUUAAAAACCAAAAAAUAUUUUGCAAGACUCGUGUGGAAAACUUUGAUGUCACAGGUUAUGUCAUUGUCAAAGUAUCCAAUCAGCCGUGUUGAACUGUAAUGCUUUAAAUGUCAGUAAAAAGUUUAGUGUUCAAACAACUCAGAAACCACCAAUACAAUGUACUGAUCACACCUUUAGUUUAUCUGUUAAUGGAGGUUUCGGAUUCACUGUUGAUGUGAACCUGGUUGCUUGCCCUUUAUAAUCUUUCAUGAGCAAGGAGGAAAAAAAGAAGAAAAAAACAAGAUGUCUGAAUUUUCCUGUUGCUUUAAUUUAUUUUUUUAAUUUAUAAUAUUUCAUGUUGACUUUCAGUGAAAUGUUUUAUUUGUCUCAAACAGAACAUUCUUACCUGAAAUAUUACACCUUUAACAUGCAGAAAAGUCUCAUUCAUUUUCUGUCCUGAAUAUAACGGUUAUUAGUAGGUUGCAGUAUUUUCUCAUUGUAGCCAAUUUCUUGUACAGUUUUAUGCAAAUUUCACAUGGAUGUUUAUGAUUAUCUGCUGCCACAAACGAUUUAGAAUUUCUGUAGAUAGAAAUUACUGUGCAAUGGAAAAUAAAAACGGUCUAAA